ACGGCGAUGGCAGGACGGGAGGAAUUCUUCUCAGAAAGUGAGGAAGGGGUUGGGUGAGUCGUGAUUGGUUAACGAACACAGGCGGUGGGGACUUGCAUUGGCCGAGUGAGAGUGUAAAGUUGUAAGGCUAAAGAAGUGUUUUUGGCAUUUGUGGUCAAACUCCGACGCAAGGCACCGCUUCCUUUGCUGCCCACACCGCUGGCCCGCGUCACUUUUGUUUCGCUCGUUUGGGAAAGUGAAAGUGGUUUAGCUGCUGCAGGGCAGCCUCAGGGGAGGAGAGGAGAUAGUACAGCGGAAUUCCAGUGGCUUCUUGCCUGGGAUAUCCCCAUAGCGUAACAUGAUCAUUGCAGAGGCAGCACGCUUGAUGCAUUCAUUGCCUAACAACUUCCAACAAUAGAAAGAGAUCUGCACACUGAACUGCAAGUACAAAGUUGUACUUUAAACGUCUUCAUUUAUUGGAAAUGUUUGAUAACAGUAGUCAAGCAAAAAAUACAACAAAUACAUGACCGCAGUGGACCUUUAUAUUUUAAGUAAAAAAAAAAACAUUUUUUUAUCAUCAUCAUCCAAUUUUUUUUUAGUUUUGUAUUAAAUAUAAUUUUUAUUUGAGCUGGUAGAUAAUUAGCCUCGGCGAAGUGGAGACGCAGCUGAACCCGCUGGCGUUGAACGUAACCCCAAGUUCAGCAGCCGGGAGCGAUCACAGUGCAGGUGCCACCACCAACACCACCAACAACAAUGGAGCCAACGACGCGCAGAGAGGCCCUCGUUUCUCUCUCGCUGCUGCUCCUGCUGCUGCUGCACAUGUGCCUGGGCACCACCGCCAUUACCGUCAAGUACGCCCUGUACGAGGAGCAGCCCGCGGGCACCCUCGUGGGCCGCCUCUCCGACGACCUGCAGGGCCGCGUGGCCGAGCACCCGUCCCGUCACUUCCGUCUGAUGCGGCGAGACGACUUCUCCUUGGUGCACGUGGAAGAGGCCGACGGGACGGUGAGCGCUCGCGAGGUCAUCGACAGGGAGCAGCAGUGCGGGCAGGCGCCCUCCUGCGUCAUCCGCUUCGACGUGCUCUGCACGCUGCCCCGGGGCCUCUUCCAGCUGGUGCACGCGGAGGUCGAGUUGCUGGACAUCAACGACCACGCGCCAGACUUCGCGCGCUCCGAGAUGCACGUCGAGAUCUCCGAGAGCGUCGCGCUGGGCACCAGGGUUCCCCUGGAAGGCGCCCGUGACCUGGACGUCGGAGGGAACGCACUGCGGGCCUACCACCUUGACGAGAACGAGCGCUUCGGGCUGGCGCUGCGGGCACGCACCGACGGCGCAAAGUACGCGGAGCUCGUGGUGAAGAGCAGGCUCGACCGCGAGCAGGAGGGAGAGUACACGCUGCAGCUGACCGCCUGGGACGGCGGUGACCCGCCGAGGUCGGGGACGACCCUCGUGCGGAUCACCGUGCUCGACUCCAACGACAACUCGCCCGUGUUCGCGCAGACCUCGUGCAACGUGACCGUGAGGGAAGACGCCACGCCUGGCACCGUCCUCCUCACGCUCAACGCCACCGACGUGGACGAAGGGCCGAACGGCGAGGUCGUGUACUCCUUCAGCAGUCCCGUGGAUGCCGAGGUGCGACGCCUGUUCCAACUGGACCCCAAGACGGGAAAGCUGUCCCUCAAGGGCCAGCUGGAUCACGAGCUCAACUCGGAAUACGAAAUAUCCAUCCAGGCGCGAGACAUGGGUCCCAGCUCCAUUCCAGCUCACUGCAAAGUGCUCGUGCACGUGGAGGACAUCAACGACAAUGCGCCUGAAAUCAAGCUGGACUUCAUCAUGCAGUCCAGGGGAGACACUGUGUUUGUGAGCGAGGGUGCGGCCUACGAGAGCUUCGUUGGCCUCGUCACCGUCUCGGACAUCGACUCUGCCGAGAACGGCCUCGUGGCAUGCCACCUGCGCGGACACCCGCACUUCAAGCUGCUGCCCUACCGCGACGACUACGUGGUGGUGACCAACAGCAGCCUGGACCGCGAGCAGAUGGCCGACUAUUUCCUGGUGCUCGAGGCGUCGGACGGAGGCACUCCGCCUCGAGUUGCGGCCCGCCAGUUCACCGUGCGUCUGCUCGACGAGAACGACAACGAGCCGCGCUUCCACCGCUCCACGUACGAGGCGUCCCUGCUGGAGAACAACAGCCCCGGCGCCUACGUGACGACGGUGACGGCGUGGGAUGCCGACGCAGAACACAACGGCAUGAUCGCGUACAACGUGGUCGAGUCGGAGGUGGCUGGAGCGUCCGUGUCCACAUACGUGUCCAUCAACCCGUCGAGCGGCGCCAUCUACGCGCUGAGGCCCCUCGACUAUGAGGCUAUGACGAGCCUGACUUUCCAAGUGCAGGCCAGGGACGACGGCGUGCCGCCGCUGGUCACCAACGCCACCGUGUCGGUGAGGAUUGUGGACGAGAACGACAACGCGCCGGUAGUCACGCACCCACCGCUGCGCAACGGCACGGGCGUUGUCCGGCUGCCCAGGGACGCGGGGCUCGGGUACCUGGUGACGGUGGUGCGGGCCAGAGAUUCCGACUCGGAAGCGAACGGCGAGCUCAGCUAUCGCAUCGUGCAAGGCAACGAGCGCAAUCUCUUCCGCAUCAAUCGCCUGGGAGGUGAGGUCUUCACCAAUGCUGCCUCGGUCACCGACGCGGCGGCUUCGGCGGCGUCGGCGACGCGGCACAGCCUGGUGGUGAUGGUCAGGGACAGGGGCUCGCCAGCUCUCUCGGCGACCGCCGCCAUCGAGAUCCGAGUCGGUGCACACGGAGCGAGCGAAAACAACGACGACAACAACGACAACGACGACAACAACAACAACGACGGCGGCAAACUCUCUGGGCGAGACGAAGCGUUUGGCGGCUCCGCUCCGGACGGCGACGAUGGUGCCGACGAGACGCAACCGCUGGACGCCUCAAUGCUGGCCGUGAUGGCGCUGGGCGCCGCUUGUGCCCUCACGCUCGCCGCCGUGGUGCUCGUCGCCAGCACCAAGUCGGGCUCCUGCGGGGCGGCUGCCCUCGAAGGCAAGGAGGAGGGGGGCGAGAGGAGACGCGGCCGUUCGACGCCAUCGACGUCGUCGUCGGAGGCGCCGGUGGAGGCGCCGUCACGCGGCUCCCAGCGGCUCGCCCGCGCGGAGGAGGGCACGGGCGACGGGGACGCCAGCAAGGCGACGAGGACGAGCGUGAACAAGCGCGACAUUGUGGUGCUGAGCAGCGAGGCGGCGGGGCAGCUUGCCGAGGGAGACGUCGAGGAGCCCCUGGCCGUCGUCGGCACGGUGUUUGGGCCGCACGGCGCCGCGUCGGACUCCGCUCGGGGCCGCAGGAGCGAGGCACAGGCCCGGCCCAGGGAUAGCCUCACCCCGUCUCAGCACUCUUCAGAGGGCUUCGCCGAAGCUGAAGCGGCGACCCCCUCACAAGACAAUGUCGAGGUCUCGCAAAUAUUGACGCUCCUCAGGCAGGGAAAGUACCGUCCACGACCAAGCUUCCGAGGAAACAAGUAUCCCCGACGGAUGAGGUGUGCGGAGGUGGACGGACAGAGCCUGAAAGACAGCGGACGAGGCGACAGUGACACUGAGGAGUGCGACUCGGAGCCCGGUCGACAUUCUCCCCUGGGCUCCCUCACUCUGUCGCUCCCAGGGCCUGAGCAUGCAGAAGUGCCUCCCUGGACGACUGAGUGCAACCUACCGGCAAUGGGACAUUCCUCGUGCCUUCCGCACACCGGCCCUGCCCCUCCUCUUGUGGCCACCCAGGCUGUUGGGACUACCAGGCCAACCCUGCUGCCUCUGGGGCUCCACUCGGCAGCCGCUGUGGCCGUGCCGAGGGAGCUGGGCCUGCCGGCCAUCCACCAGGGCCCUCUCACUUUUUCCACGUUCGGCAAGGCGAUCCCUGCAACUACUCGAUGCUGAGAGAAGACAGCAGGGAGACCCCUGUUACAGUUGAACAGGCGGUAUGACUGCCGCACUGUGGCCCACGGGGCCAGAGGGGCCCGAGGAGCCAAGUUAGGAGAAGAAGGAGGAUAUUGGACUGGGGGCCCCAUUUCAUUCCUUGUACCAGGGCCCUGUGCCAACUAUUUCCAUGCCAUUGGUUGGAGUUAGACUAUACGUAAUACUUUGACAUUCUGCUCGUGUUGAGAAACAGUAACUGAAAUUCUAUUGAUCGCGAUGACCACAAAACGACUGAAUAUAUGCAACAAUGAGUAUUACACCUCGCAUAUAUGUCUUGUGUAUGUCCUCUCACACCACCAUGCACUGCAAUACAGACGUAUUUCUUUGGAUGGAACAUUGGUCCUGGCAGUUAAAUGUAUGCAUGAACACUGGAACAUAUUGGGCCACGUGCAAAUUAACACUUCGGUUUUAAUGUUUCAUGCACUGUUUAAAAAACGAAACUCAAGCAAAGGUUGGCUACAAUAAUGAAUCUUUAUCCCCAUGGUGCUGAGUUACAUUAACAUGAAGCAGGGCACAAAGUAUCGUAUCAGUAAGCUGUAAACAUGAUUGGUUUACAAUGCAAAAUACUGUAACCCAUGUAGGGUAAAAACUGUAAAUUAAGUUUAAGAUUUCAUACCAAAGACUUUUGUAAAAAAAAUAGAUAAAAUAUUUAAAACUUUCGUAUUUUAGUGUUAAGUUGAACAAAUGUUUUGAUAUUGAAUGAGGUUUUUAUUGUGUUAUUAAGAAAGCAGCCCGACUGGAUUAUUAUUUAAAAUUGACAAUCAAUUAUCUGUUUAAUGGUUGAUAAAUUACCACAAUUCCUUAAGAUGUACGUUGUAUUAAUAUUGCAUACUUGUAGACCGUUAACAAACGUAGCAUACUUGGAAUUAGAUUUUUUUACACGUUAUGGAGGUGAGUUAAAUUAAACAAUUGUACCGCUUUGCUUAUUUAAAAAGCUAAUGGAAAUAAAUUAUACACUGUACUUUAUUAUUUGUGCAAAAGUAGUGAUCAUGUGGAUUGUCUCAUGAUUUGUUGUUAAAUUGUACCAUAACUAUAUCGAUGUUAAUGUUUUAUAGUAACAGUAAUAUAAUUCCCAGCCCUUUGUCAAUCCACUUUUGGAUCAAGGCCCCCCCCCCCUCCAGCAGAGUCCACCAUAGUGGUUGUUAAACCAAUACUUCACCAAUGCUUAACCACUCUGUGUCAGUGUGAGUUUGGCGGGGCACAGGACUGGUUCGGAUAUCACUCGCAGUAUGCACUGUCAAUCGUAUAGUGCCACAGUUAAAAUGUUUAAUUUAAUCGCUUCUAAGCAUAUACACUACUCAUCUUUAUUUAAUAUACAGUUAAUAUAAUUAUUUUUACCACAUGCCUUUUGUACCUUUUCAUGUUUUAAAUAAAGUAUUUUCUUGUCAACGAGUUAUGCA